AAAAAAAAAAAACGAAAACAAAAACAAAAACAAAAACAAAACAAAACGGGGCUGGGGAUUUAGCUCAGUGGUAGAGCGCUUACCUAGGAAGCGCAAGGCCCUGGGUUCCGUCCCCAGCUCCGGAAAAAAAAAAAGAACAAAAAAAAAAAAAAAAAAAACAAAACAAAACAAAAAAGAAACAAAAAAACAAAAAACAAAAAAGUGACUGGGUAAGAAGAUGUCUUAAUGAGUCAAAGUGCUUGCUGACACACGUAAGGACCUGAGUUUGACCCCGGGGGAGGGGGGACUCAUUCUCACACUUUCUCUGUGGGUGUACAUCCGUCCCACACUCUCAAACAAACAAUUAUAAAAUACAGCAGUGCAGGCCUUUCAUGCAAGCCCUCUGGAAGCAGAGGCAUGUGGAUCUUUGUGAGUUCGAGGUCAGCCUGGUUUACACGGAGAGUUUCAAGCCAGUCAGGACUCCACAGACUCUGCCUCAGAAAUAAUACUAAUAAAAAUGAAUUUUAAAAAGACUGUUAAAUAGCUCUUCCACAGGAGGCCUACAAGCCGCCGCUUGUGCCGCCGCCAUGUCCCUAGUGAUCCCCGAGAAGUUUCAGCACAUCCUGCGAGUACUCAACACCAACAUCGAUGGGCGGCGGAAAAUAGCCUUCGCUAUCACUGCCAUUAAGGGUGUGGGGCGGAGAUACGCUCAUGUGGUGUUGAGGAAAGCAGACAUUGACCUCACCAAGAGGGCUGGGGAGCUCACGGAGGACGAGGUGGAGCGUGUGAUCACCAUCAUGCAGAACCCACGACAAUACAAGAUCCCUGACUGGUUCUUGAACAGACAGAAGGACGUGAAGGAUGGGAAGUAUAGCCAGGUUCUGGCCAACGGUCUAGACAACAAGCUGCGUGAGGACCUGGAGCGGCUGAAGAAAAUCCGAGCCCAUAGAGGGCUGCGCCACUUUUGGGGCCUUCGUGUCCGGGGUCAGCACACCAAGACCACUGGCCGCAGGGGCCGUACUGUGGGUGUGUCCAAGAAGAAAUGAGUCUUUGGGCCUUUGCUGUUAAUAAAUAGUUUAUAUACCACAAAAAAAAAAAAAAAAAAGACUGUUAAAUAGCCCUCAGCCCUGUCAGUCCUGUUCUGUACAGGCUAGGUGCUCAGAGAGACUUGCUCUUGAAUGUGGGGGCACUGGGGACAGAGCCCAGUUGUGAGGGCACUGGGGAGGCGAGCCCACUCAGAUGUACGUGCCAGGCCAGCUCAGUGCCUUGUGGACAUCAGCCACUCCAGCAGGCACCCAGUUCAGCCUGGAAAAGAAGAGCUCUGCACAUUAAUUUAAAAACAUUUAUUUAUAGGCUGGAGAGAUGGCUCAGCGGUUAAGGGCACUGACUGCUCUUCCAGAGGUCCUGAGUUCAAAUCCCAGCAACCACAGGGUGGCUCACAACCAUCUGUAAUGGGAUCUGAUGCCCUCUUCUGGUGUGUCUGAACUUACAUAAAACAAACAAAUAAGUGUUUAAAAAUAUUUAUUUGUGAGUAUGGGGUGGAAAUUAGAGGACAGUCUUUAGGAGUUGGCUCUCACCUGCAUCCUGUGGAGCAGGGUCUCCUGUUUCCACUGCUGUGCUGAAUAUUGCAGGGUAGCUGGUCCCCAGGCUCUGGGACUACUCUACUGUCUCUAGGCCAGCGCAUGUGGUUUUUAUAUGGCUUAUAUGGGUUCUGGAGAAACACCAGGACUGUGUGGCUAGUGAGUGCUUUUACUAGAUGAACCAGGGGUCUUCGGUUCUCAGAAGAGAAGGGGCAGGACAAUGGAGGAGGAGCUGUGUGGGGGAGGAACUGGGAGGAGGGCGGCGGAUAUUGGGAUGUGAAGAGAAUAAACAAAACUUUAGCCGGGGGCUGGAGAGAUGGCUCAGCGGUUAAGAGCACUGAAUGCUCUUCCAGAGGUCCUGAGUUCAAUUCCCAGCAACCACAUGGUGGCUCACAACCAUCUGUAAUGGGAUCUGAUGCCCUCUUCUGGUGUGUCUGAAGACAGCUACAGUGUACUCACAUAUAUAAAUAAAUCUUAAAAAAAAAAAACCCUUUAGCAUUAUGUGUUCGUGUGUCAUCCAUGACACAUGCGUGGCCACAGCAGACUCGUGGAGGUCAGAGGGCAACUUUGUGUUGUCAUUUCUCUCCUUCCAUCUUUCUGCGUGUUCCUGGGAUGAAACUCGGGCCACUAGGCUUGUGGCCCGUGCCUUUAACAGCUGAGCCGUCCCGCUGGUUCUGCAAGUUAAUUUCUUUUUCUUUUUUUUUUUUUUGGUUCUUUUUUUCGGAGCUGGGGACCGAACCCAGGGCCUUGCGCUUCCUAGGUAAGCGCUCUACCACUGAGCUAAAUCCCCAGCCCCGAGAUAAAACUUUUUUAAAACUUAUGUUUAUUUAUGUUGGUGAUUUGACUGCAUGUAUGUGUGUGAGGGAACAGGAGUUGCAGACAAUUGUGAGCCAUGUGGUGGUGGCUGGGAAUUGAACCCAGGUCCUCUGGGAGAGCAGCCCUUGCUCUUAACUGCAGAGCCAUCUCUCAGCCUCUGUAAAAGGACACUUUAUUCACUAGUUCAAUCACUUACUUAGUUUACAAGUGUUUAAUGAGCUCCAGUGGGAACGAGAUAUACCAGCUGCCCAUGGUGAGCCACAAGCCAAAUCCUGGCUCUCCACCCUGGUCUGCGCUAUGUUCUCCAGGGAUGUGCUGGACUUUGUCAGUCUGACCAUGUGACCUAGAUCCCCAGACUCUAUGAAACUCAGGGCGAGGGUGGCAGCCCUUCCUAUAAUUCAAGCCUCAGAAGGUGGAGAGAGGGGUUGGAUCCCGGAAAUUGCUGUCUGGCAAGCCUAGCCCUGUGAGGGAGCGCUGGGUUUGACUGAAAGAUCCCGCUUUGAUGAGUAUCCUCGGGCCUCUAUGCAGACGCGCACUCACAUACAUGUAAAUCCAUACACGUGUAGAUAUGGAUACAGACACACACAUGUACACAUAAAUGUAAAAACGUGCCAAAGGACGAAAAUAAGAUUCUUUUCACCAUCUAUCCUCAAAAGUAUGAUUUUCUACACUGCUAUAUAUUUAUUUGUUUUCUUUUUUCUCUAUGUCUAUGUGUGUGUGCUUGUCUUAAAAAAAUCUCUGUACCUGUGUGUGCUCUGGUAUGUGGAGGUCAGAGGCCAACUUCGGGUCUUGGCUUUGCCUUCCGGCUUGAGAUGGUUUCGUCUCGCUAGCCACUGUGUAUGUCAGGGUAGCUGGCCUGUGAGCUUCCGAGAUUUCUCCACCUAGGAGGGCUGUGAUUACAGACACUUACUCCGUGUCAUGCUGGGGGCCUGAGCUCAGGUCCUCCUGUCUGUGCGGCAGGCACUUUACUCACAUAGGUACGUUUGGGUUUCUCGUCUGUAUUUCUACUGACCAUCUCAGCCUUUCCUCCAGUGGGAACGAGAUAUACCAGCUGCCCAUGGUGAGCCGCAGUCUGAUCCUGGUUCUCCCACAGUGAGCCGCAAGCCGAAUCCUGGCUCCACUCCGGCAUGAGCUGAGAAAACCCACUACCAUAUCUCAGGCUGAUUCGCCUGGGAAAACGAACAGCAGUGUGUAUUAGUUAAUCCAUGACUCAGUCCUUACUGCCCGGGCAUGUCUAACCUAAUGGUUUCCUUUUGAAUCCGUUUUGAUUCCUAAUUCCUGUUACAACACCUGACUACGUCUUCCUAAUCUAGUUUAGCUUUUCCUUCUCUACACUGGCUUUUUUUUUUUUCCCUUCAGGAUCAGAGUCUUGGAUGAGUCUAGUUUUGCCCAGUCAGGGAGACGCUUGCUUUUCAAGCAUGAAAAACAGUGCUCACAGAGAAGCUGAGGAUUCUGGCAUGCUCCUGUAACCACAGAGGGUGGAGGCAGGGGGCUACCCAGUGUAAAAUCCUGUCUCAAAAGGAACAGUGGAGGGCCGGCUGGAUAGAUCUGUGGACAAAGGUGCCUCAGGACCUGAGUUCAAUCCUGGAGCUCACCUAAAGGUGGAAGGAGAAAAUCAGCUCCUCAAAGUUGUUCUCUGAUCUCCACAUGUGUACCACAGUAUGUGCGUGUACACACACACACACACACACACACACACAAGCACAUGCAUGCAUUCAUAGAACUCCUGUCAACAGGGCCCGGCCACUACAGAGGGAAUUCCCAGCAUGACCUCAUCUUUUUCUGAGGACCCAGAGCAAUCCCUGCUUAGAUGAACACCUUUAUCCCCGUCUCCAGCACAGUCUGCCCUCCACUCCCUGGUCAUUUCCUGCUAUGAAUGUACACAUCCAGUGUCUGCUUCUUGGAGCAGAGAGCGCCUUCCUCAUUCACCUUUGUGAUCCCAGGAGAGCUGGGGUCACAAAGGUGAACAAUUGGACCUGCCGAGUCUUUGGGUUUCCUGGGAAGCCCCCUUCCAUCCUUGAAUCUGGAAUCAGACGAGCUGCUAUCCCCUCUUCUUUCUUUGUAUUAAAAGAACAAAACAAAACAAAACAAACAAACAAACAAAAAAACCCCGGGGGGUUGGGGAUUUAGCUCAGUGGUAGAGCGCUUGCCUAGGAAUGGGUUCGGUCCCCAGCUCCAAAAAAAAAAAAAAAAAAAAAAAAAAAAAACGGAAAAAAACCAGAGCCAAGUUUUGAAAAGAAAAACCACAGAUUCUGCUAUUCCUCAGAGGAAAUGUUAUCAAAGAUAAUCGUCAUGGGGACACAACGCUUGUUCCUCUGAGAUGCACUCCAGCUCUCCCCUUCAGUUUUCUAAGAAGCCAGUUCCCUUCCUGUACACUAGAGAGGCGUCUGUUCCUCUGCAGGGCCCGGCUUUCUGGGCUGAUCCGAUUGGUUUCUUCAUGCAGGGAUUCGUGCUUUAGGACUUGAGGAGUGGAUGCUCUCCUUCCUUCCACAUGUGGGGUCUUGGGGACCAAACUCGGGUCAUCAGGCUCGGUGGGAAGUACCUUUAUCAGCCGAACUAUCACUUUUAAUUAUCGAUUUCAGGAUUAGGACCUGGUAUUUUGCGAUUUUAGUGGUAGCAAAUGCACACUUCUCCCUUUCUUCUUUUUCUUUCUUUUUUUAAAAAAAUUUUGUUUUUUUCAAUACAGGGUUUCUUUGUAUAGCCCUGGCUGUCCUGAAACUUGCUCUGUAGACCAGGCUGGCCUUGAAUUUCGAGAUCCCACCAUCUCUCUCCUGAGGCCUGGGAUUACAGACACGCACCAUCACCACCGGGCUCAUAGUUUUCUUUUUGAAAACCUCGCUAUGGUGCUGGGGAUAUGCCUCAUGGGUUGAGAGGACUCGGGCUGCUUUUGCUGAGGACAGGGGUCCAAUUCUCAGCACCUAUUUGGAGGUUCACAAUCUUCUGAAACUCCAGUUCCACGGGACCUGAAACACUCUUUGGCCUCCAUGGGGAGACCCUCAUGGUGCAGAGGCGUAUAUGAAGGCACCUUUACAUACAAUAAAAUAAAAACAAGUGAGAAUAUGAAUUGAUUUUAUUUACUCAAUAGUUUACAACUCACUGCAGGGUUUUUUUGUUUUGUUUUUGUCUUGACUGCUGGGAUCAAAGGACUGCUCUCCACACUGCCCACUUUUACAUUUAAUGAAAUGAGGCAAGUGGAGAAAUCUCUUCCAAACGGCUUUUUGACCGUGUCUCAACCUCCCGCACACCAUCCCAUCCCAAUAACUUUGAGCUGAGCAUGAUGGGUCCCACACGCCCGCACCCCGGCUUUGGUGGGUCCCACACGCCCGCACCCCGGCUUUGGUGGGUCCCACACGCCCGCACCCCGGCUUUGGUGGGUCCCACACGCCCGCACCCCGGCUUUGGUGGGUCCCACACGCCCGCACCCCGGCUUUGGUGGGUCCCACACGCCCGCACCCCGGCUUUGGUGGGUCCCACACGCCCGCACCCCGGCUUUGGUGGGUCCCACACGCCCGCACCCCGGCUUUGGUGGGUCCCACACGCCCGCACCCCGGCUUUGGUGGGUCCCACACGCCCGCACCCCGGCUUUGGUGGGUCCCACACGACUGUAUCCCCGGCUUCGGAAGCUGAGAUAACAGCUGCAGACUGGAGCCAGAUUGGGUGAUGAGUUCUCUGCCAGCCUGAGCUACACAAUGAGAUCCAGCCUCAAAAACCCAACAAGUCAACAACAAAAACGAUCAAGAUGGCUCCUAGGCUUGGGAGUCGUCUUUGUUUUCUGGAACAAGCUUCUCCACUCCCACUUGGAUUCUGAAACCAGCCCUUUUCUACAGAGCCUGUUGUUUGUGGUGUGGACCCAAGAUCUGGGUGCAUUGCUACUGGAGUGUGAUGUUCUUAAAUAGCACAAAUACCCGACCUUCGAUGAGUGCCAGGGAGCUAGCUUUUCUCUUCCCUGUCCUUUAUCUUCCUCCUGCUUGUUGGACUGCAUGCUCUAGCACAGGGCCACAACCCCAGUUCCUAUUACUCCCUAGACUCUGGAUAACUUACUUCUUUCUUCCAAGGACUUUAUUCUAAAUUACUGUGUCUCUGUGUGGACAUGUGCAUGUGAACACAGGCACCCCAGGUCUGUGUCAUGGGGUCCAGCUGGAACUGGAGUCAGAGUGAGACACUGGAUGUGGGUGCUGAGAACCAAUCCAGGGUCCUCGAGAACAGUACGUGCUCUCUACUGCGCCACUGCCUUGGAUUUUCUCCCUAACUCCCACACAGUGAGGCACAUCGUCCCCUCUGUUCUCACCUGGCUCUCCCGGAGAUGACACCAAAUCCGUCCACAGUGCCCCACAUGAGAGCAGGGCAUACGCAGGUAAUAGGACACACCUGUAGUCCUAGCUGCUUACACCGACACAGGAGGAUCACUUGAAUCCAGUUGUUUGGAGCUGACCUUGAUUGUGUCCAGGCGUCAUGUGUGUGGGGGUGUGUGUGUGCGUGCGUGCGCUCUCACACAGGUGGAGCUUGAUGCUGGGGUGCUUCCCAAUUUAAAUUUUUCGAGGAGGGGUUUUUCUGCCCCCCACCCCCAGCACACAUGUAGCCCAGCUUCUGUGGGCACUGGGAUCCCUGUGCUUGUGUGGCGAGCACUUUAUGCACAAGACCACCUCAUUGUCCCAAAACUCUAAAAAAAAAAAAAAAACCAAAACCCCAAACCAAAGGCAGGCAUGGUGGUGCACAGCUUUAAUCCCAGCACUUGGGAGGCAGAUGGAGGAGGAUCUGGUCUACAGAAUGAGUUCCAGGAAAACCAGGGCUGUGAUAGAGAAAUCCUGUCUCGACCCUUAACACCCCCGCCCCCAACAAACAAACAAAACCAAACCAGGUCUGGAGGUACACCUGUAAUUCCAGGACUUGGAAGGCAGGGGCAGGAGACUCACUUGAGGCUACUCUGGGCUGAACCUCUCCUCUUCACAAGGGCCUGGAACCUGGGAUUAGUUCAGUGGUAGAACAGGGAGCCUGGGUUGGAUGCCAAGUACUACACACUACGACUCUAAUAUAUAAAAGUGUAAAGCACAAAACAGCAGCGGCCUGCCCAUCACUUGCCUAAAGCACAGGACCACUGGCAAGGCUUGGUAAGCCAGUCACAAAGAGCCUGGGGCAAGCAGUGUCAAGGGAGUCAGGUGAUCACAACCUGAGGUGUUGAGCAGCCCACCACUCUGUGAUGGCCCUCGCCCACUCGACUUCUGGGUCACAAGCCUCCAGGUACACCUGUGGGGAUCACCCAGCUUCUGAGCGUGCCCGAGGAGGAUUCUGUCGAUUAGGGUAACAGUGGGACACACAUUACAUAAACGUGGGUUGCAGCAAUCCCUCGGUACAGGAUAGGAGACUGAACUGGCAGCAGUUGAGAGUCUGGAGGUCCCCAGCAAACAGCCAGGUCCCCAGCAUCCCAUCCCCACAGAUCCCUGGUAGAAUUUGGGAAUGUAGCUCACUUGGCGUUUGCCUAGCAUGCAGGAAGUCCUGGAUCCGAUCCCUCAGACCAUAUAAACUAAGUGUGAUGAUUCAUGUUCACAAUCCCAGCACUCAGGAAGCAAAGGCAGGAAUCAGACGUUCAAAGACCCGCUCAGGAGACCCUAUCUAAUUAGUUCUUGGUGGGGAUGAGGCUGGUUUCAGCUGAGCUUUGUGAAGCUCAGGCCCCUCACGAAGCCCUUAGGUAGUGUUUUCCGAGGCUCCACAGGACUGGUUCAGGGCUGCUGCAGACUGGACUGGAGCCAAGGUGUUGGCGUCCUUGGUUCAUCUCCCAAAGUGCCUACUCAGACCUGGGUGUCCUGAGCCUCCUGCAGGGUAGACCUUACUGGAGGUGCUCGGGACACAUGCAGUCAAGGACAGAAGGGGACGACAGUAGUGACAGGGUUUUCAUUUUAGGGUAUUUCACAAAUACCCAACACAACCUUAGAGGCCAUCUCUGUUGGUCCCAUGGAAGGAGUGGGAUCCUUCACAGCCCCACUUCCUCCUUUGACACUCAGUCCUUCCGCUGAAUGGGAGGGAGAGCUGCCAGAGGGCACGAAAGACAAGCUUCCCUCCGUGUCGGGCUGGCGAAUGUUUGGGCCCACAGAGUGGCUGCUGGUGCUACCAAGGGCUGCUGCUGGGUAGAGAUAACAACAUAGGAAGGGCGGGGUGGCAGACCUUCCCCAGAGCAGCGCCUUCACACAAACAAUGAGCGGCAGCCCUGGCCAGAGCAGGAGGUGAUUCAUCUCCCCCACUGCGUGGAUCCUGCUGGCCACACUCACUGGGCACUGAGGGGCUGGGGCGGCCUUGGCCAGGUGCCCACACUUUGCUCCUGCCCUGGGCAGGUUGGGAAUCACCCAGCCCUCUGUUAUCUGGCCUGAUUUCAAAAGCCUGGGUGUGUAUCAUAAGCAGUGUGGGGAGUGUUUAACUGCACCCAAGAGAGCAGCGGCCUCUGUUAUUGCCGGAGAAUUGUUCAGAACUGGUUUCUGGAUCAGGAGAAUAGGAAAAUAGACAACAGGAAAGGUUAUGUGUGUGGCCCCUCCUUGAGCUCCCACCUGCCCACGCCCUGGGCAUACACUGGGAAUGACCAUGGCAGCUCCCUGGGCUAC